AAAGUUGCAUGAAGUAAACGAAAUGUGCCUCUGUUUUUUGCCCCUGUAAUAGGUGUUUUUUUCCUCUAGUUUAGUGUUAAGUCUUGUUUCCAACGACGUAGUAUCACACACAUCUACAUAUGAUAUAAAAAAAAAAAAAAACACACAUACACUCAAGUCAUAACCAACUAUACAAGUUAAUCAGUAAGUUUUAGUGAUUCAAGAUUGUGCAAAAUGACAGAAUCAGAUAUAUCUAUGUCGGUUGACAAUUGUAUUUCAUCUAAUAGUAUUCCAAUUGAACAAUUGAAAACAGCAGAUAUUAUUGAACAAAAGUUGGUGCCAGAUAAAUCUGAAAAAAUAUAUAAACGUACAUAUCAACAUUUCAAGACAUGGCAAUUAUUAAAAGAAACAUCUUCUGCAGAUGAAAAAAUUAUUUUAACAUACAUGCAAUAUUUAAAAGAUGAUAAAAAUUAUUCACCAUCAUCAUUAUGGUCAGUGCAUACAAUGCUAAAAAAAACAUUAUUAGCAGAAGAAGAGAUAGAUAUUUCUUCAUUUAGUAAAGUGUCAGCAUAUUUGAAAAAACAAUCAAUUGGAUGCAGAAGUAAAAAAUCAAAAAAUUUAACUGCCAAAGAAAUUGAAUUUUUUUUAAAUAAUGCACCUAAUGAUGAAUAUUUGUGUAUUAAGGCUGUUAGUAUUCUUGCCUUGAAAGGUGAGCUCAGAAGAACAGAGCUUACUGAACUCAAAAUUAAUAAUGUUGAAAAGUUAAUUAGUGAUCAAGGUACAAAAUUAAUUAAAUUUAAUAUACCAAAAACAAAGACGAGUGAACCAAAAUCAUUUGUCAUUGAAGGGGUUUAUAAGAAAAUAAUAGAAAAAUACAUGAAUCUGAGACCAACAGCAACAACAAGUGACAGGUUUUUUUUAAAAUAUCACAAACAAAAAUGCUGGAAUGUACCAAUUGGUUUAAAUACAAUCGCCUCAUUUCCACGAAAAGUAGCUGAAUAUUUACAAUUACCAGAUGCCGAAACUUAUACUGGACAUAGCUGGCGAAUUACGUCAACAACUUUAAUGGCUGACAGUGAAGAAUCAAAAGAUGAUAUUGAGCGUCAUGGUAAUUGGGAACCUGAUGAGGUGGCAGUUGUUGAUCCAUUGAAUAAUGAAGAAAAAGUUUCAAAUGAAAUUACUGAAAAUAUAAAAUUGAGUUCAGUCAAUGAUGAAAACGCUGUUAUCUCAACAACAGCAACAACAACAAACAUCAACAUAAAAUUAGAACCAAGUACGUCGGAUACGAAUGAAUCAACUGUAUUUUAUUUUCACAAUUGUUCAAAUUUGGAAAAAAUAUCAGACCAAGACCACCUUCUCAUUAAAUGGCUGGCUAAAAAAAAAUUGCCAUUUGAUUUUUUUGAUGAUGACAUUUCACGAACGCUUUUCCAGUCUUGGAAUCCAAACAAGGAACUACCUCGUAGAAAAGAAAUUCAGGCAAUGUUUGUUUCUGAAUUUGAAAACCAACAAGCAAAAAUUAAAACAGUUAUACAAAAUAAUAAAUCCAAGUUUUCGUUUACAAUAAAUGGUUUGGCCAGUUCAAAUAGAAAGUCGUACUACGGUAUAACUUGUCAUUUUAUUGAUGACAACUGGAAAAUAAAUUCAUUUGCUUUGGAUUUUCUUUCUUCUAAAGGAAUGGAUAAAAGUAUUGACAUGGCACAAUCAUUUUUUAAUUGUUUAAAAGAAUAUAAACUCCAAGACAAAGUAGAGGGAAUAACUUUUAAUAAUGCAUCAGCGAAUAUUAAAUUCAUGAAUGAAUUGGUGACUUUGAUGGAAAAUUCUGGUUUUCAUUUUGAUACGGAAAAUCAACAUUUUCGUUGCAUAUUUUACGUGUUAAAUCUUGGUGUGCAAGACCUGCUCAAAGCUAUGCAUGUAGAACAUGAUGGUGGUAAUGAUGAUGAUAUUAAUGAUCAUGUUGUUGAUGAUAAUGAUGAUGCAUUAACCAUGCAGUCUAGAAAUGAACAUGAUGAUGAAUAUCCAAGUGACAAUGAAUCUGUAUUUAAAAUUAGAACUACAGAUCAUGCAGACAACAUAGAUAAUAAUUUUUUUGCUAAAUUAAAUCUAUCAAAAGCAAUUUAUAAAUUGAGGAAGACUUUGGUUAAAAUCCAAAGGUCUGAGACUUUACAAAAUGCACUUCACAUUAGUUGUACACUUGUUAACAUCGAAUAUGUCAAGCCAGUACUAGAUAUGUCUACAAGAUGGAAUUCAACAUAUGAUAUGAUUGAAUAUAGUUUGAAAUUAAAAAAAGGGUUGAACGUGUUGUGGAAUGUCGACAUUAGUUUAUGGCGAAAAUUCGCAUUGAGUGAAGAUGAGUGGGAAAUAUUAAAUCAUAUUUAUGAAUUUUUAAGACACUUUAAACAUAUAUCAAAAAUAUUAAGAGAACAAACAUAUGUCACUCUGCCAUUGGUCAUCAUCGCUAUCAACAUGCUAUUUGAUAAAAUUGACACAAUUGUGAACGAGGUAAAUAAAAAAAUAGAUCGGUCUAACGUUGAUGAAACCUUAAUACUCGGCUUUCAGGCAGCACGUGAUAAAAUGGUGCAACAUUAUAAUCUAACCAACUGGGUUUAUUGUGCUGUGUUGGUUCUUGAUCCACGUCACAAAGUGAAGAUUUUUUCUUCCACUAUAUGGGGUACUAUUUUGAAAAAAAAUUGCAUUGAAAAAUUCAAUACCAUGUAUAAAAAAUACGCUGAUUCUGUAGAAACUAAAGUACAUAAAGAAGUAGGUUCACAAGAAAAUGAUAAUAAUAAUGAAGACAAAAUUGACAUUACGUCAAUUUUCGAAGAUACACCGAUGCAUAAAAAUUAUCAAGACGAAUUCGACGAAUAUUUGGCGAUAAACAGAGCUGACAAGAACCAAGACAUAUUAGAGUGGUGGAAAAAUCACGAAGAAACUUUUCCAACACUAGCACGUAUGGCAAGAGAUUUGUUUUCCGUAAUGGCUACUACAGUCCUAUCAGAAAAACUAUUCUCUCUUCCUGGCUUAAUUAAGACGGAGUCAAACGGUUCAAUAGAUGAUGAAUCAGCAAGAAUGACAUUGUGUCUUCAUUCUUGGUACGAUAUUUAGUUAAUGAAAAAAAAUAUUAAUAACAAAAAAUUACAAAAUUGUUUAAGUAACAAAUAAAUAAUA